AUGUUUGAUUCACAAACACCCCGUACGACUUUCAUCCGUACUCCAUUCACUGCCAAUACGACAACAGGCACGCCUCUUCGUUUCGACAGCCCCUCUCAAUUUGCCUCACUCAGUCCUGAUGAUCAAGAGACUGAUCCUUCUUUGGCUGUACGUCUCAUCUGGGGCACAACUGUCAGCAUUCAUGACGCCAUGGGCCGUUUCCGUAGUUUCUUGACUCACUUCACACUCGCUCAGCGUAAGCAACAGACGGGUGAGCCGUUAUCUGCAGAUGAUAAUGUGCCAUUUUAUCCCAUGUACUUUGCUCAUCUCUUCAACACAAGGAAUACCAACGUCAACUUGGACUGCAGAAACUUGUUGGCUUAUCCCGAGACUGAAAAAUUGUAUGAACAGCUGGUAAAGUAUCCUCAAGAAAUUAUUCCCUUGAUGGAUCAUGCCGUUACGGAAUUCUUUAUGAAUCAGUAUGAAAAUGAAGAUUUUGGCCUUCAGUUCCAAAUGAAAGUUCGUCCAUUUAACUUGAAACAAUCUGUCAACAUGAGAGAAUUGGAUCCUCAAAAGGUGGAUCAAUUGAUCACUAUUAAGGGUCUUCUCAUCCGUGCAUCACCUGUUAUUCCUGAUAUGAAAGAAGCUUUCUUCCGAUGCUUAGUCUGUGAAAACGAAGUGACUGUCACUGUUGAUCGUGGCCGUAUCUUGGAACCCACACGUUGUCCUCGCGAGAGCUGUGGUGGCGAAAACUGCAUGACCUUGGUUCAUAACCGAUGUGCUUUCUCAGACAAGCAAGUAGCUCGAAUCCAGGAAACACCUGAUGUGGUUCCUGAUGGCCAAACACCCCAGACAGUUACCUUGUGUCUUUAUGACGAUUUAGUAGAUGUGGCCAAGCCAGGUGAUCGUCUCGAAAUCACUGGUAUCUUCCGUGGUGUGCCCAUGAGAGUCAAUCAAAGACAGAGGGUGAUUCGUUCCUUGUUUAGAACCUAUUUGGAUGUUGUCCACAUCAAGCGUACAGAUAAAAAGAGAGUUGCAUUGGAUACGCAGUUCCGUAAUGAAUUUGGUCAUGAAAGCUAUGAGGAAGGUGAUGAGAUUGAACGAGUAUCUGGUGCAGAUGAAGAAGAAAUUAGAGAACUCAGUAGACGACCUGAUGUAUAUGAUGUCCUCGCUCGCUCGAUUGCGCCCAGUAUUUACCAAUUAGACGAUGUUAAAAAGGGUAUUCUCUUACAACUCUUUGGAGGCACACACAAAAACAUCACCAAGGGCGGAUCUCCUCGUUUUAGAGGUGAUAUCAAUGUCUUGCUUGUAGGUGAUCCAGGUACGAGUAAAUCUCAAUUGUUGCAGUAUGUGCACAAGAUUGCUCCCAGAGGCAUCUAUACCUCAGGCAAGGGCAGCAGUGCGGUCGGUUUAACAGCUUAUAUCACAAGAGAUCCUGAUACACGACAGUUGGUAUUGGAAAGCGGUGCGCUUGUGCUGAGUGAUGGAGGUGUGUGUUGUAUUGAUGAAUUUGAUAAGAUGUCAGAUACAACACGUUCCGUAUUGCAUGAAGUGAUGGAACAGCAAACGAUUUCAGUGGCGAAGGCUGGUAUCAUCACCACCUUGAACGCAAGAACAUCUAUCUGUGCUUCAGCCAACCCUGUUGGGUCAAGAUGGAAUAAGGAUUUGUCAGUUCCUGCUAACUUAAAUCUACCACCACCCCUUUUGUCUAGAUUUGACUUGUUAUAUUUGAUUUUGGAUCGUGUUGAUGAAGACUCGGAUCGUCGAUUGGCUCAACACUUGGUCACAUUGUACUUAGAAGAUAAUCCAUUUACGGCUGGCAAUGAUAUUGUGGGUGUUGAAUUAUUAACAAAAUAUAUCAACUAUGCGAGACAAAAUAUUAAACCAGAACUGAACAAUGAAGCCUCUAAUGAGCUAGUGGAUCGUUAUGUCGAACUUCGUAAGCAAAACAAUGACCGUACUGGUUCAGAUAAGCGAAUCAAUGCAACCACACGACAAUUGGAGUCUAUGAUUCGUAUGUCAGAGGCUCAUGCACGUAUGAGAUUAUCCAAUGUUGUUGAAAAACAUGAUGUGCUUGAAGCAUCUCGUUUACUGCAAAGUGGCGCCAAAUGUCUCAUAGAAAUGGAAAUUGCCUAA